AUGAAAACCAUUGAAUUAUUAUACAAUUAUAAUUUAAGUGUUGAUGAAAAUGUUAUAAGAAAUUAUUCAUUAAAUAAACAAAACAAAGAAAAAUUAAAAUUAAAUAAAGAUAGUAUAAUACAAAGAAAUGAAAAAAAAAAACAUGAGCAUAUCAACAAUUAUAUAUAUGAUGAUAUAGGGGAGGAUAAAGUAAAGGAAAUUCAAAAUAUAAAUAAUUUAAAAAACAAAAGAAAUGAAAAUGAACAAAAUAAUUAUAUACAAUAUUUAAUAAAUGAGAAUAAAGAACAAUCAGAAGAACAAAUAGGUUUUCAAUUUAACACAAUUAAUAUGGAAAAUACCACCACAAAAUUAUUAGGUAAAUAUUACCAAUUGAAAAAUGACAAUGAUGAAAAAGAAAACAUAUUUAUAAAUAAUACAAAUACUGAAAUAUGUGAAAAAAUAAAAAAUAAAAAAAAAAAACAAUUUCAUGAAUGUUGUGACUCUUAUUACUCAACUCAGAUUUUAGGAAUAGGGAGAAAAGGAGAAAAUAAAAAUAUGAAUAAUGAUUACAAAUUAAAUGAUAUUAAUAAAUAUGAUGAACUUGAAAAUAAUAAAAAAAAUGAUUUAACUCCAUCUCUAAAUAAUAUAAAUCACCAAAAUUAUGAAAGAAAUGAUGAAGAAGACAGUGAUGAAAACGAUAACAACAAACAUAGUGGUGAACAAAUCAUAGAUAAUAUAAAAUUACAAAUUAAAAAAGAAAUAUAUAAAAAAUUAAAAAUAGCUUUCAAUACUAAUAUGCAAUUUAAUAUAAUUGAUCAAUAUUAUAUAAAAUUUAUGAAAAAAAAGAAAUUUAGAAAAUAUGUUUUAAACACAUCUAAGUUUAUCAUAAUAUUAGGAAAAUAUUUACGUUUGUCAUUUUCCACUAUUGCAAUGGCAUUACAUUAUAUGCAUAAAUAUAAUAAAAAAAAAUUAACAAAAAAAAAUAAACCUAUAAAUUAUAUUAUUGCUGGGUCAUGUAUAUUUUUAGCAUGGAAAUUACGAGAAGAUUUUGAGCAAUGUAAAAAAUCACAAAAAUUAUAUGAUAUACCUAAAGGUAUUUUUAAAUUACUUAAUUAUUUUUAUAAAAAAAAAAUUAUCAAAAAAAAAAUUAAACAAAUUCAACCUGAUUUAAUAUAUAACCACCAAAAUUGUUAUGAAAUAAAAAAUGACGAUACUUUUGAUACACUUAUAGAAAUGGCUAGAAAAAAAAGUGAAAUAUUAGCAUGUGCAAAUGAGCACAAUAAAAGUGUUAAUGUUUCAGAAAACAAUAUGCAAAAUAAAAAAAAAAGAAAAAUAGGCACACAAAAUGAAGAUAUAAAAAAUACUGACAAACACCCACAUCAGGUAAAUAAAGAAGAAGAUGGAGAAAAAAAACACUAUAUGAACUUGUAUAAUAAAUUGAUAGAUCUUAACAAUAUUAUUACAGAUACUGGAUACAUAUCUGAUAUAAAUAAUAUUAGUGAUGUUAGCGACCUUUUUAAUUCAUAUCUUUCGGAGUGCAAUAGCGACGAUUUAUCAGAAUAUAACUUUUCGACGGAAAAAGAAGCAGAAAAGGAAGCAGAAAAAGAAACCGAAAAAGAAACCGAAAAAGAAACAGAAAAAGAAACCGAAAAAGAAACAGAAAAAGAAACAGAAAAAGAUAAUAAUCAGGAAAAUACGAACAAAAUCGAGCAUUACAAUCUUGAUCAAUUAAAUAAAAACGAAGGAGAUAAUGAUAUAUUAAAAAAUCCACAUAUUGACAAAAAUGCUUAUAUACAAAAAUUUAAAAAAUUAUGUAAAAAAAAAAAAAAAUAUAUAAAUAUUUCUUCCUCUAAAUGGGUAUUAAAUAAUUCAGGACAAAAAUUGCAACUUAUUCAAAAAGCCAUAAUAUAUUAUGAAGGAGAAGUAUUAAAAAGUUUUAAUUAUUUUAUAAAACCUAAAAUAUUAUCUUUUGAACUCAUUCCAUUUUUUAUAACAAAUUUUAUAUCAAUAAUGAAUGAUUAUAUACAACCUAAUCACAUUUCCUAUUUACAAAAAUUAUCAUCAUUAAUUAUUCUGGAUUUUUAUAAAACGCCACUUUGUUUAAUAUUUCCUCCAAAAGAAAUAUUAAUUGUUUGUAUAAUAAAGGGGUAUAUUUCCUUAAAGUUGAUAAAUUCGGAAUUGGAUUUAGAGGCUGUAUCUCUUGAAAAUUUUGAAAAUAAAAUAAAGGAGUACGUUCUAUCCGUUAGUGGGGAUAUCCCAAUUGACAUUAACCGAAUAAAAAUGGCUUUGAAGGAAAUAAGGCACCCAUACCAUUAA